AUGCAUGGAUUUUUCUACUCAGAGUCUCCUGAUAGAAUGAGAAGCAUGAGUACUGCACUGUCUUUAUGCUCCACGUCCAUGGGGUACUUCAUUAGCUCGGUGCUGGGAGUGGACAUUCUGAGCUUCCUCAAUCUGUUGAACUACAUUUUCUGGGCUAGAAGUUUCCUUGUUGUUGAUGUAGUUUUUGGUUGGAUAACGGUCAAAAUUGUUGCUGAUACGGCCAUCAAUGGCACUGAAGUUACAACACGUGAUCAUCUAGACAUAACAUUUCUAAACUCGACCCUCCAUUUCACCUACAAUGCCACCAACUCCUCUCUUUCCAUCGCCUUCUCGGCGGCUCUGUCCAACGCCAACGGUUGGAUCGCUUGGGCCAUCAACCCGACAGCUACAGGCAUGGCGGGUUCCCGAGCCCUACUUGCCUUCAAAAACAAAGGCUCCAUGGUUGUUAAAACCUAUAACAUAAGAUCCUACAGCUCUAUUAUUGAAGGGAAGCAAUCUUUCGAGGUUUGGGACCUCGAAGCCGAGGGUGGCGACGACGGGACGAUGGUUAUCUACGGUUCCUUGAAAGUUCCGUCCAGUGCAGAGAAGCUGAACCUGGUUUGGCAAGUAAGGCCGGGGGUUACUAAUGGUCACCCAAUGAAGCAUGAGUUUGCUAAAGCCAAUCCGGCUUCUAUGGGAGACUUGAUGUUGGUGGAGAAAGUAAGUUCGGGUGCCUCAUCCCCUGUACCAGCUCCACGAGUUGCUAACGAUGAUUCCGGAGAUGGGUCGAGGGUUAGGGAAAUAAAUGCUGGAUUUUGGAUCUUGGGUUUGGUUUCCUCGACAGUUUUGAUGUGA